AUGGCCAAGGCGGAGAACUUAAAUAGCAUCGUCGGCGAGGCCUUCCGCAUCGCCUACGCCCAGCAGCGCGCGCUCCUUGAGAGCCGACGGGCCGCGACUCAGACGCAGACGGUGAACGUCACCGUGGCAGGCGACGCCGCAUCCCCUCCCUCCGCGACCGCCUAUCCAGUGACCGAGUUGGACUCGGGCAUCGCAACUGCAAAUGCGUCCUCCUUCAGAAAAGUCUACACGGGCUACGCAGCUGACUCUGGCUUGAGCUCUUCCGAAUCCGCCUCCAGGGUUCCGAAGCCACGACCCAUCCACGGUGCUUCUGACGGUGACGAGAGGCAUCCAGUUGCGAGGAAGUCAGUGCCCUCUGGAGUGGAUGAAAGCGUUGGGGAGUCACCAACUGGCCCGGUAUCGUCCAAGGUCACCGUCACCCAGUCCCACCGUUGCCAGCCGCAAAACGACACCGAAUUUUCAGCUCCAAAUAAGCGAGAGAAACCACACAAAGAACGUGGCCUCGAUCCAUUGUCUAUUCAGGAUGUGGGCAUUCGGCUCGCCAACACUGCGCAUAGUGGACGCGAAGAUGGCAGUAAAGAUGAGGUUUGA